AUGGGUCUCCGUUCGAGGGGUCUCCUUCUCCUCGGGAUAUGGUAUCUUCAGUUAUAUAGUGCAGCAACCGUAGCAUUAAACUCCAGUAAGUGGCAUUUGUGCUCAGCCAAAAAAAGAAUCGUCUUUUUUUUGCAGACGUCAGAGUUAAACGCCAAAGUGGAACAGACAGUCUUCUCACAGUCGAAUGGGAAGGAAUACAAACUGGUGGGUCAUCUCUCCCCUUUCCUUUCGCUUUCCAAUCAAAUCGCCGUCGUCCUUCAGGAGAUCACGCUGAUUCGGAAGUGAAAGGAUUCCUCGUGGAAUAUCGUCCGGAGAAAAGCGGAGAAUGGCAACUGCACCCGGGAAUCAUACCCUACAAGGGACCCAACCAUCAGUAUCGCGUUCAGAUACCCAAACUUCCGACCGGUAUUUCCUAUCUGGUGCGGAUUAAGGUGAUCGGCGAGAACAACGAGGUGCUUGUGGAGACGCCCGAGAUUCGGGCUCACAAUGAGAUUGUGUCGAUUAAAUGUGAAAAUGGUGAGUGCUCGCAAAUUGAGCAUCCCCCACCAAACCACUGAUUUUGCAGAUGACCUGACCGCGCCUCGCUAUCCGCAAGUCACGGAGACGGCCCAAUACUCGCUGGCGAUCAAAUGGGACGCUCCGGACUGUGGCUCCGUCGGCGACUACCAAGUCGAACUGACCGGCGUCUCCGCGCCAUUCGACAUCCACCGUCAAACAGUCACUCAGCCGCAUGUUUCGGUGACCAACCUUCUGCCGGGCACGUUCUACAGUGUCAAAGUGCGCGCCGUCGACCGUAAUCGCAAUGUGGGACCGUGGAAUUCGGAGGUGCUCGAGACGAAGACAAAAGGAGAGGCUCUGCCGAUUUCCAACAACAUUCAACUUCUCUACCGUACCGAUUCUGAACUUCGCGUCAGCUGGCAACCAUUCGCCAAUCCACGCCUUCAACAUUACGAGGUAGGCGCCUUUUGAGCGAGCUUUUCGAAGGCUUUUAUCAUCUCUCAAAAGUGUUUCAGGUGACCGCCGUUGAAGUGGACGAUGAUUCGAGACGCGUGGAACGUCGUCGCGUCGACCCGGCCCUCAACUCGUUCGCCCUGACCGGCCUCCGUCCGAGCACCAAGUACACGAUCGGAGUGAUCGCGUUUGUGGAUCACGAGCCGACGCAAGUCUACCAAAUCGAGGCGUUCACGACGUCGGGCGGCAUUGAAUCGUGGGAGGAGAAGCCGCAAGUGGUCGACCAGGGAAAGAAGCAGUUCGCCGUGCACUGGAAGCUUCCCGCCACCUCGAUCACCGUCAGCAAAUUCAUUCUCGAGUACAGACUUCCGAACGAGACGACGUGGCGAACGCAGGAGCAGAAGGGUGUCGCCGAGGGGUCGGGAGACUACUCGGUGGCCCUGGAUCACAUGACCGCUCCGUACUACACAGUCCGAAUUGUCGCCAUCGACGAUCAGAACAAGGUGGUCGCGCGCACCGAAGAGUUGACAGUCGGAGAAGCGACCGAGACAUCGUGCAUCGGAGCCGCCGGAGUGCCCACGAACAUCAGAAGCACCGACGUGGAUUCGACGAGCCUCAAGCUCGAGUGGGAUGUGCCCAAGUGCGACGAAUCGAUCGCGCCCAUCGAUGGAUACGAGUACAUCUUCUACGAAGCGUCGCAAAGUGCGCCCGUCGACGGAGCGUCCUACGUCGGAUCGCCGUCCGUCGUGCUCAAGGGACUGCGGCAGAACGUCGAUUACACUUUCAAAGUGAGAUCCCGAUCUGUGAACGGACACUCGCAAUGGAGCAAAGACGUCGUGAUCGAGACGGCCAUCGCUGGAAGUGUUAAAUCAGGUUAGGAUCGAUAAUAUCCGAUUAUUGUACUCUCUCUCUCUUCUAAAUCUGUCCUAUACUCUAAACCAACUAACGUUUCAAUAUUUACAACAGACUUGGCUAAUAAUCGUGUGAAACGACAGGCUAAACAUCUAAUCAAAGGUUCGUCCCCCUCCCCCUUAUCCACCCAAAUUUAACCAUUUCUAACUCCGAAAAAGAUUUCAGAUGCGCUCAACAUUUUUAAGUUGCGAAUCGUGCUCUCGCCACCGUGCUCGUUUCUCGUUUGGACACCACUAACGCAACAUUCGCACCAAAUAAGUAAAUUCAAGUAACAUUUCCGGGGCGCUCGCACAGUUUUUUCUAUAACCCGACGUGCAGGUUGAUGUACAAGGAGAUCAGCUCGUCGAAAUGGAUCCAACUGCUCGGCGGACCCGCACAUUUCCAAUGUCCGAAAGGCAUUGCUGAUCCGCAGGACUAUUGCUAUCAACUCAAAGGCCUAUUUUUCGGAGUUCAUUAUCUUAGCAGUGUAAUUUUCGUCGCUUAACUUUCCAAAUUUCUUUCUCAUUAACAGAUCUCCUAUCAAUUAACCAGCGGAGAGGAGCUGCCGGCUAGUAACCCACUGCACUUCACUCUGGUUCAACUUGGUACUAACCUUUCAACCGCUCUCUCUUUUCUGUUAAGAUCCCCUCCCGUCCCAAGGUAACUGUCGUCGUUUUCAGAUGGCUCUGCCGCUGCUGCCCCGUCCUCGCAAGGAGUGACCAUCACUCAACCACGAAUCGAACAAUCGGCCUCGCGCUCCGUCGCCUACUGGUCGGUCGUCGGCGACCGUUCCAGUGUCGUCGAGUACCAGGUCGACAUCCGAUCCACCGACGAACGAUCCUGGCGGGCUGUGGAGCCGGCCGUUCAGAACGAGCUCACACAGACUCAUUACCGCCUUCCGCUCGGCCAACUCAACGUCGCCAACACGUAUUUGGUGCGAGUUCGCGCGUUGGACGCCUCGCGAAACGCCGUCGCCACGUCACCAUCCGCCAGUUUCUCGGUGCUUUGUCAAGGCUAGUCCGGUCCCACUAGUCCGCCAUUUAUUCGCUUCUUUUUUUUUCAGUGCCGCAAUCACCGGAAAACGUGCGCCUUGAGCGUGUCUCUGACCAGCUGGUCCGUGUCUCGUGGGACGCGAGCCAAGACUCGGGAGACUGCCAAUCCUACUACUUCAUCACCGGCCAACAAAACGGACAAUCCAUCAACCAGCGUGUGCCAGGAAGCGACCGAAGCGUCGAGAUUCAGGGAGCCGCGCAGGGCGAUUGGAGAGUUCAGGUUUAAAUUACGGUCGCCUACAGUCCUCCUCGAACUCGAUGAUUGAUAUUGUAGGUCCGUGGAGUCAACACCGCAGGAUCGGGUACUCCGUCCCGGGAUGCCAUUUUUGCGUCGUCUUCUCAACAAUGUGAGUCCAUUGAACUGUCAGACAUUAUCAUACGCUCCAUCAAACUUGUAUCUUUGUAAAAACUUGAAUCUAUGUCAGCAAGUCACCGUUCAAAACGCAGUGUUUGCGAUCCGCGAACCGAUUUCUGGUGCCAAGGGCAAUUCUCAAACUCUCCACUCAGAGACACGAAUUCUGGCGAAGGUUGGCCGUCUGAAACGUGUGCCACUUCUUCUUUUUCCACUUCUACUCUCUAUUUUUCUCCUCCUCCUCAUCCGUCUCCUAACCGUACCGAACCUCUUUUGAAGUUAAUAAUUCCAACCAACCAACGUCUGAGUUUCGAAUGCUGAAACUACUAUUAUGAGUUUUCUGAUUUUCCAGCCCCCCCCCCUAGCUCUUAUAAAAGCGCAUGAGUUCUCCCAACUUUUUCACUAACCCGCUCCUCGAAUUUCAAUCAAAUCCCCCCCUAAACCUUCAUAUUUUCAGCGUUGUGCUCCACGCCACGAGUUCUUGCCCAGGAUAAUGACCUGAUUGUGAAGUGGAAGAGCGAGGGAGAGGGACGUGGCGUCUACGGAUACCACGUUCAGUUUAGAACCGAUAAUUCCGGCUGGAAGACGUACGGACAGCUGGUGCCGUACGCCGGCGACAACCUCGAGUACACGCAGACGCUGACGGGACUCGAACGCGGAAACGCCUAUCACAUUCACGUCCAAGUGCUCGACCGCAACUCGUACGUCAUGUACACUUCGGCUCAGUCGAGCGCCAAGAGCAGUUGCACACGUGAGUGUCUAGAAUUCUAUCGCCCUGACAUCAAUCUGACAAUUUUCAGAGCCAACCCACGCUCCGUCCCACCUGCAAGUCGCUUCUCCGGAUGCCUCGCACGUUCGUGUCUCCUGGGCGCUCCCCCCGCAAUCCACGUGGGGAUGCUCGGACAUUCAGUUCGAAAUCCAACCGGAAGAGCCACGUGGACAGCCGGCCGUCGUGCUCGGAAGCCAUCAAACUUCUCACAUCUUCAAUUCGGCACCCAACCAGGUCUGGUCGGUCAAGAUCCGCGCCAUCAACUCGGCCGGACACUCGUCCUGGACCCCGGCCGCACAGACCAAGACGCCGCCAGGAGGCGAGCUGAUUAUUGGUCCGGACGUCAAUUACCGACAGGGCAAGCCGAUCAUCUCCUGGAGAUCCAAAGAGAACACGAACGAUCUGAUCGAGUCGUUCGUGCUUGAGUGGAAGUCGACGACCGAACCGAACUGGAGACAACACCGCAACCCGAUCCCGUACAACGGAUGGCAACGUCCGUAUUCUGUGGAUCUUGGAGAGCUUCCACAGGGACACACGUACGAAGUCAGAAUUGUGGCCAAAGACCCGAACCGAGGAACCGCCUACACUUCGUCGAUUGUCCAAGUCCAAACCGAAUCGCAGUGCAAGGCCCCGAGAAGAUCGCCGGCCGAUGUGCAAGUCUCGCCACUCGGACCCACGCAAAUCCGCGUUCAAUGGGCCCCACUGCACGAGUCCGAAUGGAAUUGCGAUCGUCUCUGGUACAUUGUGAAGUACUCGACUCCACAGAAUCAAGGAUUCAAGAAUCUGACGAAUGGAGAGAACUUCGUCGUCUUCGAUUCGGAUCCGUACACCCAAUGGAACUUUGAGGUCCAGGCUGCUAAUCCGGCCGGAGAGUCCCAAUGGUCAAGAGCCCAGUCGGCUCAAACCCAGGGAGUUGCUCCGGGACCCGUCGCCAAUCUGAGAGUCCAACCGAUCGGACCGGACUCGCUUCAGUGCAGCUGGCAGCCGCCAGUCAACCCGAACGGAAGAAUUACGCAGUAUGAAGUCACCUACCAACUCAUUUCCAGGUAUGAUUUUUUGUUUCUUGCUCUUACAAUCUGUUCUAAGAGUAUUGAUUUCAGAGGAAACUGCGACAACAACCAAGAGGCUCCACGCACGAUCACCGUCAACGGACCCCACUUCACAAUUACCGGUCUUCACCCGCACUCCAAGUACCGCGUGGGCGUCGCCGCCAAAUCCAACGUCGGAGCCGGAGAGCGAGUGUCUCUCGAGAUCCAGACGGACCAGGCGGCUCCAUCCGGCGCUCCACUCUACCUCCGCACCGAAGACAUCCGCCCGACGGACGUCAGCAUUUCCUGGCAAGCUCCUCCGUGUCUUCAGACGAACGGAGAGAUUACCGAGUACGAGUACGAGGUGACGGCCGGAGAUCGUCGUCAGACCGUCCAGAAGACCACCGAGAACAUUCGUGGAACUCGUGCCCGAAUUGAGAACCUCCAGCCGCAGACUCGCUACAACGUGAAGGUUCGUGCGUACACGGCCCGCGGAGCUGGACCCUGGUCCACUGAAGUUCCAUUCCAAACGUCGGCCGGACAGCAGAACGUCCAGGCGCCAGGAUUCGUCAAGGUGCUUCACACUGGCGCCGACAACGCGCAGCUCGUCUGGCAGUCUCCGUACCCAAACAACGGAUACGUCGACAAGUACAAGUGCCGUUACGCGCCGACCGGAACCCAACAAUAUCAGGAACGUCAAUUCCCCGCCGUCUCCCCGUGCCAACAACGUCAGAUUGAGCGCCAGAACCUGCCGCCAACGCCGCCAGGAUCCAGACUUCAUUGCGGACGCAUCGAGAACCUGAAGCCCGAACAGACGUACGACUUCCAAGUGUCCGCCCACGUCAAGGACUCCGGAUGGGGACCGUAUUCGCAACCGGACCGGACGAAGGUCACCGACACCGCCGUUCAAGUGCUCUUCGUCAGAAAGAUCGGAGGAUCCGAGAACUCGCUCCACAUCAACUGGGACGUCCGUCCUGACGAUAAGAACAGAGUGACCGCCUUCCGAAUUGUGGUGACUCCACAGGACGGAUCGCAGAGAUCGCAGACGUUCAACGUGGAUCGUGCCACCUAUCAGUACCGCGUCGACAAUCUCCGCCCACGCACCACCUACAACGUGACCGUCUCGGCGGCCACUCAUAAGGAAAUGUGCGGAGGAACCAGCGCCGUGAUGACCACCGACGCCGCCGCCCUCACUGCUCUUUCUGUGGCUCCACGCGUCGUCGCCGAAGAGCCGACCUCGAUCACAAUCGAAUGGGAGAGCCGAAAUCGCGAAGCCGGAGGAUUCAUCGUCGAGUACCGACUUGAAGGAGGCGCGUGGCAGCAGUACAACCGUCGCAUCCCCGCUCAUCCCUCGCAGACCACCUACACGGCGACCGUCGACGGACUUCCGACCAACGCCGUCGUUGAUUUGAGAGUGCGCGUCGUGUCGCAGCAGAAUGAGCAGAGCUCCCCGUCGCCCGAAGUCCGAGCCCGCACCAAGUGCUCUCCGCCGACUUCUCCACCACAGGGAGUCCGAGUCGACGCGCCGUCCACCAACGAAGUGCGUGUUUCGUGGGCCCGCCCGGCCAAGAACACGUGGAUGUGCGAUCAGAUGAACGUCGAAAUCAGCUACCGAGUCGGAAACCAGCCGGAGAAGGUGCUGACCGUCCCCGGGGAUCAGACCGAGUACACGUUCCCGGCCGAGCCCAACCAGAGAUGGGUCGUCAAACUCCGCGCCACCAACCAAGUCGGAUCGAGCCAAUGGUCACCGGAACAGUCAAUCACCACCCGCCAAGGAGCCCCUGGAUCCGUGAGAGACCUUCGUGUCAAAGCGCUGUCUCCGAACGAGGUGCACGUGCAGUGGCUGGCGCCGCUCGUCCAAAGAGGAACCAUCGUCGGCUACGACAUCUCCUACCGUCUCAAGCAUCGUUUGGCGUGUCCGGAAGAGGAGCCGCGCGAUGUGAGCAGAGAUUUUGUGACGGUCUACAACCACAAGGAUCUAGACUACACCAUCACCGGACUCUUGCCCUAUUCGCUUUACGAAGUGCGAGUCCGCGCCAGGACCACCGAGCUGGGACCCGAGGAGACGAAGGAAGUGUCCACGGAGCAGCAACCGCCGAGCUCGCCGCCUUUGAACCUGGAAUCCACGUACGCUUUGGAGCGCUCGCUGUCCUUCCAAUGGGAACCGGUGGAUUGCUCUCAACGCCACGGACACAUUGUCAACUACGAGUACGAGAUUCUGGGACAGGAUGAUUGGGCCAAGCUGGAACGUCAGAUCGCCAACACCUCCGACCUCCGAGUGACCAUCGACGGACUGACCCCGUACACCAAGUACGUGAUGCGCGUGAAGGCGUACAACUCGAUCGGAGGAGGGCCGAACACCGAGAACCUGGUGGUGAUGACGGCGAAAGCCAACGCCCCACUUCCACCGCAAGAUCUCGUCGUCGCGCAGGAGGGAACCGACUUCUUCAUGGUCUCCUGGCUGCCACCGUACCCGCCAUACGGACCUCACGAUGCCUACAAGAUCCGCUACCAGCAAAUCCCGUCGGACAACUGGGUCGACGUGGAGAAGGGCAUCAAGGAUCCGCUGCUCAAGUGCCCGGGAGAGUCCCCGCGCUUCUGCUUCAACGCCACCGGUCUGGAGUCGGGACAACAGUUCAAGGUGCAAGUGGCCACGAGAAUCGAGGGAGGAAGCUACGGACCGUGGAGCUCUUUGGUCAUCGCCAACACCCUGCAAGUGCUGCCGGAUGCUCCGCGAGCCAUUCAUCUCAUCGAGAAGACCGACCACUCGCUGCACAUCCGCUGGAUCCCACCGAUUGAUCCAAAGGGAUACGUCACCCAGUACCGGGUCUCGAUUGUUUCGCUCGACGACGUCAACGACAAGAAGAGAACUCACAUCGUCAACCAUCCAACGCUGACCUAUCUCUUCGAAGAUCUGAACCCAGAGACCUCCUACAACAUCUCGAUCUCUGCGGGAACGAAGCAAGGAUUCGGAAGAGAGAUCUGGACCAGAUACACGACGGAUCCGUUCAACAUCCCAGUCGUCGGAACGAUGCCAACUGUCACCGCCGACGGAGCCAACGCUCUCGAUGUUCAAUGGAACGCCGUGUUGGACCCGAAGAACCGAGUGAAGGGAUACAUUAUUGAGAUCAGAAACUCGGAUGCGCCAGUUUGGCAGGAAAUCGGAGGCGUCACGAACCACGACGUCGGAAAGUCGAUCUACAGCAAGAAGCUCACCGGACUCGACGCCGACACCCUCUACUUUGUGCGCAUCAAGGUCGUCGAUCAUCGUCAACGCGUCGGCGUCCCGUCGCCCGAAGCCCAGGCCCGUACUGGAUGUGCCGCCCCGAUCUCUCCGCCGACCAAUUUGAACCUGGGCACUCCAUCCAACGUCCAAGUCCGCGUCUCCUGGCAAGCACCGAACCAGAACUCGUGGAAGUGUUCCGCGAUCCGAUACAAGCUCGAGUACAGAAACGGAACGGAGCCACGCAAGCAGAUUGACCUGCCGAGCUCUUCGAUCGAGCAUCUGUUCGACUCGAAGUCCAACACGAAGUGGACGGUCAGAAUCCGAACGGAGAACGACGCUGGAGCUUCUGAAUGGAGCAAGGAACUCGAAGUUACGACGGGAGAGGGUGCUCCAGGAGCUGUGGAAGACCUGACCGCCCGACCGAAGGGACCGACGAGCAUUGUCGUCAGAUGGAAGCCGCCACGUGAUCCGAACGGAGUCAUCACCGGAUACACGCUCACCUACAAGCUGAAAUCGAUUGGAGAAUGCGGUCCACGAAGCGCUGCGCCGAUUGAGAAGCACGUGAAGAACGAGGAGCAAACUCUGGAAGGACUUCUUCCGGAUUCCACGUACGAGAUCCACGUGGUCGCGCACACUUCCCACGCCGGACCGCAGUCUUCGGUGGUCACUGUGACCACCGAAGAAGCCGCCCCAUCCGGACCACCACAGAACGUUCGCAUCGGAUCCAUCACCUCCUCGAGAGCCGACGUCACUUGGGCCCAGCCGGAGUGCGAGCAAAGGAACGGAAAGAUCACCGACUACGAGUACGAGCUGUGGAGUCUGGACGCGUGGGCCGACAAUAGCACCGGACACAACCCAACCGAACGUCUCAAUCUCGAUCAGCUCGUGCCGUACACCCAGUACCAGAUCCGAGUGCGUGCGAUCAACAAGGAGGGCGAAGGACCGUACUCCGAGUGGGUUCCAUUCACGACGCAAGCGACGAACCCGCCUGCGCCGUCCGAUCUUCAAGAAGAAGCCACGUUCCCGCACGCCAUCGAGAUCUCCUGGCUUCCGCCGACUCCACCGCACGGAAACGUCGACUUCUACAAGGUGCGCUACACGCCGACCGGAGAGGCCAACUACCGCGAGAUCCGCGUCGAGACGGACCGGCUCGAGUGCUCCGACUCGAACAAAAAGGACCGCCUGUGCUACAGACUCAGCGACUUGGAUCCAGAACAAGAGUACGAUAUCCAGGUGUCGGCUCACACUGAAGGAGGCGGUUGGUCCGAAUGGUCGGACGAGUUGACGUCGAGAACUCAGCAGCAGAACAUUCCCGUGUUGGAGAGAGAACUGGAAGUCACCGACAAAACGUCGAACUCGAUCUCGCUCAAAUGGGAGGGACUUCCUCAAGAUCAAGCAACUCAUGUCGUCGGAUACGUGCUCGAAUUCAAGUCGGAAGACGAUGGCGCCGAGUGGCAAGAAUACAAUGGAGUGGUGAAGCACAGAAAGACAGCCAACGACUACAAGAUCACGGUGAAACAGCUCGAGACCGCCACGCUCUACUUCUUCCGCCUACGCGUCGUCGGAAAGAACGACAAGAGAGGAUCGCCGGGACCGGAAACCAAGGAGACGACGUCGUGCGGAAAGCCAGAGGAGCCGCCAGGCAAUUUGAAGCUCGAGAGCGUCGACUUUGAGACCAUGAAGAUCACGUGGACACCGCCGGAGGAGAAUUCGUGGAAGUGCGACAACGUCGAGUUCCUCAUCGACUUCGUCAACACGACUUCCCGCGGAAACUGGACCGUCAGCACGGAUGCUCCGUCCGAGCUCAUUGUGCCAACUCAACCGGGAACCAAGUGGGACGUCAAGAUUCGCACCCAGACUGUCGAGGACACUGGAAAGCCGCAAGUGAGCAGAUGGAGUGACCGCGUGAGCAUCACAACUCAAUCGCUCCCUGGAGAGAUCUUCGUCACUGUCGAGCCGAAGGGACCACGUGAGGCCCUCGUCACAUGGGAGCUUCCGGACAAAGAUCAGAAGUGGAACUACGGAGUCGACAUCACCUACCGUCUCAAGCAACUCGGAGGAUGCAAUGAAGUGCAGACUGGCACUCAGGAGCCGGUCACUCUUCUCAACGUCCAGGAGAAGCAGAUUCCAAUUGAGAACUUGCAGCCAGGAUCCCUUUACGAGGUCACGGUUACUCCACGAAGACCGCCAAGCCUUCACUCAUCGAUCGUCACCCCGAAGACCGUCAGAACUUUCCGCACGAAGAACGAUGUGCCGACAGGACCACCGCAGAACCUUCAGUCCACUGUUCGCAAGGACAGCGAGCUCGGAUUCAAGUGGGACGCUCCGGAAUGCGUCUCUCAGAACGGAAACAUCACUCAGUACGAGUUCGAGCUCGUCGGUUUGGACGAGUGGAACGAGGGCACUCGCGAGGGAGUCACUCCGCGCCAGAACACUCUGAUCGAUCAGCUCCAGCCGGGAAGUCUCUACCGCAUCAAGGUCCGUGCCUACACCGCCGAAGGACCGGGACCAUGGUCCGACUCGCUCGAGAUCCGCACCACUGGCUCCGAGCUAGGACCGCCACGAGAGCUCACCGCCGUUCAGACCAAGGCCACGCAGAUUCAGCUCACGUGGCUGCCACCGUACCCCGAGAAGGCCAUCGUCACCGCCUACCGUAUCCGCUACUCGCCACGUGCCGACGACUCGAAUCCAACGGAAGUCGAGCUAUCCGGAGAUGAGCUCACCUGCUCUGGCUACAAAUCGCCGAUCAUCACCAGCGCGAACCUCUGCGCCACGAUCAAGGGACUGCAGCCGUCGACGACGUACCGAUUCGCUGUGCAGGGACAGUCUUCGUCCGGAAACUGGGGAGAAUGGUCUUCCGACUACUUCUCGACGACUCGCAACGACGACAACGAACUUCUCGGCGGAAGUCUGAAGCUUCUUUCUGCCGGACACGACAAUCUUAAGGUCAAGUGGACCCCGCCAGCAGUGAUCGGAGAGAAGAUCGACAAGUACGAUCUGUUCAUCUCGGUCGCCUCGGUGUUGGACCAGAAUCCGAAAACGUUCGACGUCGGCGGUUCGACAACCGACUAUCACUUCCGCAACUUGGACUCGGUCACCCAAUACAACGUGACCGUGCAGGGAACCUCCGCCGGAAACAAGCUCUGGUUCAUCUCUUCCGUCUUCUCGACCACCGAUUUCGCCGAGGGUCUCCUCAGCUGGCUGCCAGCCCCCACCGAUCUUCACCUCAUCGAGAAGAGUGACACGAUGCUCCACGUGGAUUGGGUUCCGCCAGAGAUCUUCGAUCCAGAACAGAGAGAACUCAUCACCCACCACCGCGUCACCAUCGCUCCAUUUGACCCGACGACCGGAAAGACGGGACCGUCCAAGAACUACACGGUUCCGUAUCCAGGAAACUCGAUCAAGUUCGAGGGACUGCGCCCGGAGACCAUCUACAAUAUCACCGUGCAAGCCGGCACCAACUCUGGCUAUGGUCACAUUCUGUGGGGAACAUACAGUACUCUGGCGCCAGGACAACGUCACAUUCUCCGCCUGCUCAACCGCACCCCGACGACGCUCAACGUCGCCUGGGAGCCAGUCUGGGGACGUGCUCAUUCCGGAUACACUCUGACCGCCCGUACCCUCUACUCGGUGUACGGUAGUGUGCGAUUGCAGCAGAUCAAGACGUUCGACGUCGACGCUUCCGAAACCGAGUUUGUGAUCCGCGGACUUCAUCCGAGUACCGUCUACAAUGUCACGCUGACCCCGAAGGAUCAUAACGAAGUCGCGUGGGGAGCCUAUGCCACCCUGCCGCCCGGCUGGUUCGUCGUCAAGAAUCUGAAGCAGUGCGACAAGACCGACUUCGCCGUCUCCAUGUCUUGGGAGCCGGUCGAGCUGGACAUGGCCUCUGACUAUCAGGUCAGAUAUCUGCGGCUCAAGGAGCACGACGGAAUCUGGACUGAAGAGGAAGCCCGUCCAGCGAAGGAGUUGCUCUGCCCGAAGGACGGAUGCGGACGUCUCUGCUAUCUCGUCUUCAACCUCCCGCACAACCCAUCUGAAUACGUCUUCCAGGUACGUUUUUUGUCUUUGGAGUAAAGUUUAUUUUUAAAAUAACGUUUUUUUUUCAGGUUCGCGCCAAAGUCGACGGAGAGUGGAAUCAUUGGAAGUCGGCGCCGAAGAAGAUGACGAGCAGCGAGCCGAUCAAUGUAAGAUCCAUCUGAUCUAAUGUUCUGGAGGAAAAACGAUCGCAUUUGGUUUUCAGAUUCGUCGCAGUUGCUGCAUCGUUCCGCCACCCUACUUUGUGGACAACAUCGGAGCCCCCGGCACGUUCUGGGAGGUCGAUGUGAAUCCGGCGGCCACGGAGAACAACGUCACUCGCUACUACGUCGUUGUCGACGAGCGUGACCCACCCGGCGACACGAACUGGACAGAGCUCACCGACAAGGUCACGGCGAACAAGAUGAAGAUCCCGUACUACGUGGCCGGCUCGUUCAACCUCGAAACUCUGCCCGAACCGCGAAAGGUCCGGAUCGGAGACGGUCAGGUCAUUGGCGGAUAUCUGAAUUAUCCGCUCGUCAAGGGCAAAAAGUACAACUACGAGGUGUACACGAUCUGGAAUGUGACUGGCGCGCCGCUUGUCGGACGUCUUCGAGGUAAUUCAUUUGUAAAUAGAUCAGAUGGGGGGAAGGGUUUCGCGGAGGGUUUCGUGUUGAUAAGAAAAGGAGUGAAAGAGAGAGAGAGAGAGUGAAUGCGUUUUGAUUGAUAUUAGAAAAGAGGCGGUGGAAAAUGGAGUGAUAGUGCGCGCGUGCGUGAAAAGAGAGAAAUAGUGGGUGUGGUUGUUCAUGCUAACACUCUUUCCCCCCCAUAUUUGUCUUUUUCUUCUUCUUUCUCUUCUUCUGCUGCUGGGGUGGGUGGCCUUCAUCAAUAAGAAGAAGUCACAUUUGGAUCGUCAAAUACAAAUACAAAUACCCUCCUAGUAUUAUUAGUAUUACCACCACCACCCCUUGUUAUUAUGGCAGCGUUUCCGGAUGGUAAGUGUUUUCGAUAAAAUGGACGGCGCGAUGGUUUGUUUGCUUUCUCUCCUUUUCAUAUAUUGUGAAACUGAAAAUAUAGUCAGAGACUAGAAAAAGACAGUUUUGAAAUGAAAAUCUAAGCACGCUGCAGAUUCACGCAAAUGGAGUUGGCUCUCGGACCGAAUCCUCUCCAAGUGGAUUCUGAUCCCACUUUCCCUGCUUCUCCUUCUCGGACUUGCCAUCUGUUUUGUCUAUUAUUGCUGCAAAGAGUUAGUUGCGCAUCCGAAAGUCUACUUCUAAGCGUGUUCCUAAACCAACCUCCCAAUCCCUGAAACCCCCCCUAAAGCAUGUACCCAAUAACCAGUUAACCCCCUCAUUUUCAGCCUCUCCGUACCUGACCUCCUCGUGGCCGUGGUGGUGGCUCCUUCUGCCGCUCCUCCUCGCCCUCCUACUCGCUCUUCUCUGCUGUUGCAUUCCGUGGUGCCUUCAACGGUUUGCUUUGAAACUUUUUAACGUUUCCCACUCCCUUCUAACUGAAACUCCAAGUUGAGACCGCCUAAAAACCGCCUUUUUUCUUCAGCCGGUACCGUUCGCGAAAAGAACACAGUCGCCUCGUGACGAAUGGCCAGAGGGCUCCGCUGCUCGAAGAGCAAAAGGCGGGAAUGAAUGAGAAUAUGCGACAACUGGAGACGCGACUCGACAAGAUGCGGGGAGCUAUCGACGGAAGAGGUACGCGCUUUUGAUUUGUGAUUGAUUAUUUUGGGUGUGGCCCCCCCUCCUUCUCGUUGAUAAAUGAUUCUGAUGAUGUGGGCAUCGAAAAAGAAGAGGGCACGCCCUUUUUUUUGGACUGCUUCGGACAGGUCAAGAAUUUUAUGACUGAAAUGAACUUGUUGCGUGAGAAUUGUAGACAGUUGUAUAGGAAAAAAGUAUCAAUUCGAAUUAAUUUGACUCGCCUACACAAAAACUUUGUCAAGACGGAAGCUGAGCUAAAGUUUCUUUCUUUUUUUAGAAGGAAUCCUAGUUGGCUUACUGAUGAACUUCGAGAAAUGUUCUGUACGGCAAAAUGAGAGAAAAAUAUUAAAAUUUUCAGCCCGCGGCGACUUUGAGGAUGGUUACAUGAAGGGAUACAAGGACGCGAACAAGCUGGGAAGCGCCGGCGCCGCCCGCAGACGCCUCGAAGACGACUACGGAAACCGCGACGACCGCUUCCACGAGGGAUACGUGAAGGGAUUGAAGGACGCAGGCAUGUCCGGAAUGACCACCUCGAUGCACAACCUGGCUCAACGCUCGGGCGGCGGUUACUCGGCCGGCUUCCAACAGGGAUACAAGGACGGAAACUCGGGAAUUUUCGGAGACCGCGUCACGCCGUCGUUGAUUUCGCGGCUCGACGAGCAGUACGCCGGACAGGAGGACUUCAAGCAGGGCUACGUCGACGGAUUCAAGGAGGGCGCUUCAAGUCGUGUCGGAGAGCGAUCCAGAUUUGAAGACUCGCGACGGCUGCAGCAGUCGCUCACGGAGCUCACCGAAAGAUUGACGAGUUUGGAGAAGACAAAGGGAGACGAGAUCCACUCGACCAAGAUCUAUCACGUCUGUAAGUUAUAGUCGCCAUUAUGGAUUUACUGAACUAAAAAUUUGUGUUCCAGACAACCAGCAGCCGGAAGGAGGCGCGACGUUCACCUCUACAGGACAGCAGCUGGCUCAGGAACUCGAAGAGAUCGGAAGCACGUCGAGACGAAGCACGCUCAGAAGACACUACACACCGGGAGACUACCUUAAGUACGACGCCGAAGAGGGAUACAACUCGCUGAGCAGAAACCGCCGAUCGCUGUCCGCCUCGGCUCUUGCCGCCAACAAAGGUGAGUCUGAGCUGCAUCCCCCCCAUAAAUAGAAAGGAAUGCUCCAACCAACUAAACUGACUGACGAGAGUGAGACCCCCUAAUAUUGCAGAAGCAUCCCAACAAUCGUCGUCUUACCUGCAAACCGGCGGCACUCUCAGCCGUUCUCGUCACCACAUGUCGCAUGCCGGCUCCUCCUACCUUUCCAGAGCCGCCCAGGACGCGCAAGUCGGUACUGACACGUACGCGAAACGCUACAACUACCGAUCGCGAUCGGAUGUGGGUAGCCCGCGUCGGUACGCGAGUCAGACGUUGCUUGACGGCUCACGACCCGGCCCAUCGACGCCACACGCGAAACGCGACGCGCUGCACACGUUGCAAAAGGAGUUGGAUACGUUGAGCCGCUCGCCGGACGUGCGUGGCACGACGCCACGUGGCGCAGCCGGCUACGGCUCCGACACGAACGCCUACGAUACGGUGCGAUCGCGAGCGCGUGGAUACUCGAACUACGAUUACGGUGUGUUUUUCUUGUGCUAAAGCAUCCGAUUUUUGCAUGUUCACCCCGUUUUCAGACACUUUCCAAUCGUCGCGAAAUGUCACCACUCAACAGCAGAGCUCGCAGGCUCAGUCCGCUGCCGGAGCUGCUGGAGCCCAAGCCGGAGCCGGAGCCAGCUCUUCUGCCUCCCAACGUUUGUGAUCCUCUUCUCAAUUUUCUAGUAGCAUGGAGUGCUUUACAGCAUCCCCGUAGAUAACUUUUAGAGGCUCAAACGUCGUCAGAAUGAUGAUAAAAGUGACCAAUUUCAGAUGAUAAAUCAUCUGGAAAAUGGGCCGAACAACUGAUCGACCUCGUUUCCGAGCCGCUUGACACCACGAUUGCCCGUAUUAACAACUACACUUCGUCUUCGAAUGGUGAGUGACUUGCACACUUUUCAAACUACAGUAACCCAUUCAACAAUUGUGCUUUAGUUGCAGACCGCGGUCAGGCCGGAGACGUUGUCGAAGAAAAGUAUCACAGAACGUAUAAAGAGGAACACUCGAGUCGCUGA